AUGGCGGACCGAUAUUCUUUCUCGCUCACCACUUUCUCGCCCAGCGGGAAGCUGGUACAGAUAGAGUAUGCCUUGAACGCCGUCAACCAGGGUGUCACUUCUCUGGGAAUCAAAGCCACCAAUGGCAUCGUCCUCGCUACGGAGAAGAAGUCGUCAUCCCCGCUCAUCGAUUCAACAUCUUCGUCCAAGGUCAGCCUGAUAACGCCCAACAUCGGCAUGGUCUACUCAGGCAUGGGCCCCGACUACCGAGUCCUCGUUGACAAGGCACGCAAAGUUUCACACACUGGCUACAAGCGCAUCUACAACGAGUACCCACCCACGAGGAUAUUGGUGCAAGACGUGGCGCGUGUCAUGCAGGAAGCUACACAGUCUGGAGGUGUUCGCCCUUACGGAGUUAGUCUACUUAUUGCGGGCUGGGAUGAUGGUAUCGAGCCGGAGGCGGAGGCCAAGCAGACCGAGGGAGAUGCCGACACGGAGAAGAAAGCGAGUGGCAAGACGGGUGGCAUUCUCAAGGGAGGACCAAGCUUGUACCAGGUGGACCCGAGCGGUAGUUACUUCCCGUGGAAAGCAACGGCCAUCGGAAAGAGUGCAACAAGCGCGAAGACCUUUUUGGAGAAGAGGUACACGGAAGGCUUGGAGCUGGAAGAUGCUAUUCACAUCGCGCUUCUGACCCUCAAGGAGACGAUAGAAGGCGAGAUGAAUGGUGAUACGGUAGAGAUUGGCAUUGUGGGUCCACCGGAGGAUCGGUUACUUGGGUUCGAGGGCGUUGAAGGAGCUCAAGGGCCACGAUUCAGGAAGCUCACCUCCCAGGAAGUUGAGGAUUACCUGACAAACUUGUAG